AAGACGACGCUCGAGCAGUCGAACAUGCAGUUAGAACACAGAUACAUACUAUUGUGAGUGUUAUUUCUAGUAUCAAUAGUGCCAAAAUACAGGAAUAUCAAAAUAAGUUGGCUAAGAAGGACAAAAAACGAAACGCUGAAACGAGAAGUUACAACCGCAGAACGUGAGGUCACAGCAUUGCGAAGCUCCUUUGAAUUUUCUGGAAAUGAAUGUCAUCAAGUCAGGUCAAGCACUUAUGCACUUUCACCAGUAAAGCAAAGAGGGAAACCAAUUUGCAAUGAAAACGAGGUGUCAAGCAAAGCUGAGUGGAGAAUAGAUUUCCCCUGUCUCGGUGGAAGGACUCCUCCACAGGUUUUUUUCCCAGUGCAAAGACACAUCUCUUCCCACUGGGGCAUCAACUAUUUAUAUGUCCCAUCACCAGAACCCUAUUUCCCAUUCUGCAGAAGAGUUGCGGUUUUUAGCAGAGCUAACCAGAGGCCAGUCCCCAUCACCCAGUCCAGUCAUCAGACCAGUGAUAAAAGAUGAUCCCUCUGACAUUGAGACAUUCUACAUUAAAUGGGAGAUGAGUGAGGAAGGUAUUGGGGAGGAACGGGAGGGCCUAGGCCUGAUACACAUCCUGGGAAAAGAGUACGAAGCCCAGCAGACGGAUGGAACUCCAACCAGGCAAAGAGAUGGAACUCACCCUGUUGCUAGUAGCCAGAGUGGACAUGAGUAUGGGGAGAGACGGACCAGGCAUCUGAAAAGGAGGCUGUCAAGCGCAGAGACACAGAUGAGGUUCAGAGAGAGUCCAUGCUGACCCUGAGAAGUUCCGGGCCUACAAGGAGAAGGAAUGACGCAGACGGUGCUGUGAUUGAGCCACCCCAAAUACAUUUGACACGUGACGCGCGCGAUUGGCGCGGCGGAAGUGAACUGCGAGAAAGAGAUUUUGGGAAACCCAUGUGCAAUGAGAACGAGGUGGCAAGCGAAACUGAUUGGAGAAUGGAUUUCCCCAGUCUCAAUGCAGGGACUCCUGGGCUUUUAGCAGAGCGAGCCAGAGGCCAAUCCCCAUCAGCCGUUCCAGUCACCAGCCCAGUGAUAAAAGAGGAGCCUGCUGACACUGGGUCCUUCUACAUCAAAUGGGAGAUGAGUGAGGAGAGUAUUGCAGAACAACAGGAGGGCUUAGGCCCGAUGCACGUCUUGGGGAAAGAGUCUGAUGGAACGUCUUCUGUUGCUGGUAGCCAGAGUCCAGGCGAUAGACGUUCAGAACAAUCUGAAGAGACAUCGACAGAGCAUGUGAAAAGGAGGCUGUCAAGCGCAGAGACACAGCGGCAAUACAGAGAGAGAAUCCGUGCUGACCCUGAGAAGUUGCUGGCCUACAAGGAGAGGGCAAAAUGCCGGGAGGAGGAGGAUGAUGAUGAGGAUUGGAUCAGCAACUUUCAUGUCCCUUGGCAGCAGACGCCUGAAAGCCUCAGGCGAGCCAUUGCAGAGGGACGAAGAGUCGAGGCGGCAGAUAGGCGACUGAUGGUGAGGAUCACCGUUGAUGCAAUGCGUGUACACUGCCUCAACCCCAACAAGAAAGUAUGUGCAGAAAUAGCCAAAGCCAUAGUUGCAGAAUAUCCAGAGAGCUUUGCAGACCUGUCAAAAGAAGGGGAACUGCUUAGCAGAAGGUACUCCUCCUUGCUCACCCAAAUAAAGACAAGAGUGGAGCAUGUGAACCGGAACACUGAAAAUAGAAUACGCAGACCCAAGACGAGCAAAAAAGGGGAACACAGCAACAGACAAGCCAAAACAGCAAGAACAAAAGUGGACAGUUAUGGGUGCAUCAACUGGCACCCACAGGACCUUCCGGAAGGAGAGACUCCUGAGUCCCUGGAAAACAAGAGACAGAUUAUGGCCACCAUUUUCAACAGUGCAGGCCCCAGAGGUGUGGACAGGGGAGACGUGGAUGAAUUCAUGAGGCUUACGUACAUUAACCAACGCCACAUGAUAAAUGCAUGGCCAGCCCCAAGCAUCGGUGACGUCAAGGAACAAUGGCCUUUUCUUUUUACCAAGAGAUGGCUCUGUGCCCACUUCCACAUGCUCACUGGAGUUGAGAUCGACAGCUGCCUCAGUGGCGCUCUGCUGAGCAAGGGAAAGACCAUUGUCAAUUUCUUCCGAAGUCAGAAACCCAACUGGAGGAGAGGCAUCCAAAGUCUCCUCAAUAACAUUGAAGAUGACCUCAGUGGAAACAACAAGGACCUCACAGCCUGUGCUGCCAUUCUUCUGGUGCUGUCCCACUUCAGAGAGAAAGAGGACUCUCUCUUCCUCUUGGCUGAUGUGAAUGACACCCAGAUGGAUGUAGAGGCUCAGUUGCAUUUGCCGGCCACUCCAAGACUUAUCAUGCUUGGGAGUUCCCUGCUGGCUUCAUCUAAAUGGAUGGUGUCGCUCGAGGGGAGAGUGGUCUGUGUUUUGGAAAAUCAGUCCGACUUUGCUGCUGCCCUCUCUGUGCUCUUCGGCUGUUUCUACGUGUUCAAUACAGAGUACCAGGAGGCAGCCUCAGCAACACUGGAGCUUAUUCAGAGGUUUCUAGUAGGGAUCAACCCAAAUGAAGGAACCAAAUGCUCUUCAUACCUUGAUUCAGAAGCCGGGGUGAGCCGCAGGACUGGAAGAGUUGUGCAAAGGAAGACCGAUGCAGUUGCCACAUUCCUCAAAGACCUGACUGAAUUUGAAUGGUAGAAACAGUUUAAUAGGAGAUUCAAACACACAAACAAGGACGCACAUACAUGAUACAUAGCUUCAAAUGUUGUAAUGUUGCUCUUGUUUAGUGUCAAUCAAUCACCACUACAGAUUGCAUUUGAGAUCUAUCAUGAAAUGCAUCUUGGAAUAUUUGUCCUAUGUUUCUGUCGGCUGGCCCUGUCUGUGAUGGGGAAACGUGAUUGUAUAACUUUUGUUAUAAUGAUGUUCUAAAUGAUUACCGGAAGUGUUUUUUGUUGUUGACAGAUUUAAGAUGUUUUGUAGACUUAUUGUAAACAAAAUCAGUGUGAUAAAUUCUAUUUUGUUCGAAACAAGUUCCCAUUUCACUACAGUGUGAAAGGGGCAGUGCAGAUGAACUUGAUUUUUCUGCUUUAAAAAAAAUAUAUAUUUCCACAUGAUGAGGUUGUAAUAAAACUGAGAAAUUGUGAAAAUUAUGCCCUUAGUUGUGUAAGAGCUGUUUGAAAAUUGGUUGCAAUUUCAGCCUGUUCAGUUGGGAUGGAAUUUUGGCCCACUUCAUUAUGUCGCAAUGUGAUCUGAUUAUAAUAGACCAAUGAUUGUUCAUAUGGGUAAGGGGGUUGGCUCUAGACCAUUCUGUCAGCCAAUCAGAUCUGUGUAUGUAAAUAAUGUAUAUUCAAAUGUGUUUCCUAACGCCCACAUGAUCAAACUGAGCAUUUUAAGGGCCGAAGGAGGCUCAGGGAAAUAAAUGGUUAUUAAACAUACGUUGAAUAUGUUGGAAGUUAUUUUCAUUAAAUAAACACAGUGAUUUGUUAUA